GGUAAAAAAAAGCAUAAAAUCUAAGUAUAUAUAUGUACAAGAUAUAUCAUCAUGUAUAUAUAUGAUGUAUAAACAAUUUGAUCCAGCGAUGCAAUAAUUACUUUGGUGCUAUAACAGCUUAAAAAGGGUGUUGAGAGAUCUCUGAUACACCAUAGCAGCUGUUGCAAGAAAUUCUGCAGAUUGACUGAAGUUUUUUUCCAAUAAGUCUCUGUCUCUCUCUCUCCAUCUCUGUCUCUCUCAUCACAGAAAAAAGAGAUGGGUAGUGGUUAUUCUGGGGAACCAAACCUAGGAAAUGAAAGAUCUGGUUCUUCAGGGUCAUCAAGGAAAGGGAAGAAGGGCAAUUCAGACAAGCCUAAGCAGCCUCAGAGAGGACUUGGUGUUGCCCAGUUAGAGAAGAUCAGAUUGCAUAGUCAAAUGGGUUGUAGUAGCUAUCUUCCUUCUCUUCAUGCUCCUCCUUACCCCACUAACCUCAACCAGGAGGAUACGAGAAUGCAAACAGCCUAUUCAUCAGUACCAUCAUCAUCUUCCUUCUCUAAUACAUCAUCAUCCUCACCUUCUUAUGGUAUCCAUGGCCAGCAAAACAUCAUGAUGGGGAUGGUAGAUUUAGAAAAAGCAAAUAUCAGAUAUGCUGAUCAUUCCCAACCCAGUACUACAGCAAGAUGGAACCCUGGCAAUAGCAUGUCGGAGACCCAACAUUUUGCACAACCCGGCAUUCCAAGACACUUUCUGAACCAACAAGUUGAGGACUCACUGCAGAAGAAAAGAAAGAAAGACCGGAGUACAGAUUCAAUAGGCAGCAGUCAGAACUCCGAAAGUGACAGUCAAGAACUGGAUUUGGAGCUUAGACUUUCAAUUUAGCCUGAACUUUCCUGCUAUUCAAUGUAUGGAUUCACUUUUUUUCUUUUUUCUUUUUGGUCAUCUCUUACUUAUAAUUUGAAAGAUGAGUGCAACAAGUUGGAUUGCAAAGUUGCCCACAAGUUGAGCAGCUUGAUGGACUUGUGUUAUAACAUUUUCAUCUGGAAUAACUCGCUUGUGUGUAAUGGAUGUUAGAUUGACUUUCUGCAGAAAACAAAUGAAAUUUUCUUGUGACAUUUCAAAGACUUGUAUAGAAGUGAGAAUGUCAUUGUUCAUUGCAAGCAUUUUGCAUUAUUUUAUGCAGUAACAAGAAACUGCAAAGCAAAUGACACUUAGGUCAUGUUUGAUCUUGGAUUUGAGUAGGAAUUUGCAGGAGGGAAAACAAAAAUGGAGAGAAAAGUGACAAAAAUGACAUCUUUUCCUUCCCUUUUUAUUUUCCCUUCACAAAUUCCUUCUUAAAUUCAAGAUCAAAACACAACCUUGAGAAUUAGAGUUGGAGCUAAGGCUUUCACUUCUAUGUGCAAUUUUGUACAGUUUAAUGUAUGCAUUCACUCUUUUUUGUCAUCUUUCUGGUAAUUUGAAAGUUUAGCAUAACUGAUUGGAUUUGCAAAGUUGUGUUGAGCAACUUGAUGGACUGCUCUCUCUCUCUCUCUCUCCCUCACAGAAACAUUAUUAAUCAUGAAAAAUUGGAUUUUCCCAAGACCUACAAUUCAUUUAUAGAACACCUAAAACUACUAAAAAU